GAUAGCACUAAUCUGUGUCGAAGUUGCGGGUGUUCACAGAUCUAGAAUCAGAUUAUCCACCCCGAAUUCCAGAUUUAACCAGGAUGGGAUAAACACAAAACUGACCUUAGAUUAGAUUCUGGGGGGAAGCAUGGCGGAUAAGCAGGAUAAGAGUGAGCUGAAAGCAGAGCUGGAGAGGAAGAAACAGCGCCUGGCCCAGAUCAGAGAGGAAAAGAAGAGAAAGGAGGAAGAGAAUAACAAGAAGAAGGAUGGGUCUGACUCUAAGUGGGGAGGGGAGGGGGGUGGAGUUGGUGCACCAGAUGACUCUUCUGACCUGGAGAAGAAGAGGAGAGAGGCUGAGGCUCUGCUGGAGAGCAUGGGGAUCACCUCUGAUAUACCCAACGUCCCUACCCCUAUGUCUCCUUCAGCCAAGUCAGUGGGCAGCGAGUCUAGAAGCCAGGACUCCGGAGAUGGAAACACCAGGACGUUACACUGGGAUCCUGACCCCUCUACUCUGCAGCUGCACUCUGACUUUGAACUACUGGGGCGAGGUUUGAGGCUUGGCAUGGCAAAGGUGACCCAGGUGGAUUUCCCCCCAAAAGAGAUGGUGUCCUACUCCAAGGAGACACAGACCCCCGCUGAUACACCAACACACACCCAGGCUAAACCAGCAGAAGAGGAAGAUGAGGAAGAGAUGGUCGAUCCCAAGCCAGCAGAGGACACCCAGGAGGAGGAAGCUGAUCAGGAGGAGAAGCAGGAAGAAGCCCCUCCCAAGGAGCUGACUGAAGAGGAGAAGAUGCACCUGCUCCACUCUGAGGAGUUCAUGACGUUCUUCGAUCGAGGGAGCAGGAUUGUAGAGCGGGCUCUCUCUGAACGAGUGGACGUCUGCUUCGACUACAGUGGCCGAGACCUGGAGGACAAGGAGCGUGAGAUGCAGGCGGGCGCUAAGAUGUCUCUCAGUAGGGUGUUCUCUGACGAGCGCUGGUCCAAGAACAGAGUGGUCACCUGUCUGGACUGGUCUCCUCAGUACCCUGAGCUGCUGGUGGCCUCCUACAACAACAAUGAAGAUGCUCCUCAUGAGCCGGACGGAGUGGCUCUGGUCUGGAAUAUGAAGUAUAAGAAUACCACACCCGAAUACACCUUCCACUGCCAGUCUGCGGUGAUGUCAGCGGCGUUCGCCAGGUUCCAUCCUAACCUGAUUGUGGGUGGGACUUACUCAGGCCAGAUCGUCCUAUGGGACAACAGGAGCAACAAAAGAACAUCUGUACAGAGAACUCCCCUGUCUGCAUCCGCUCACACGCACCCGGUGAACUGUGUGAACAUGGUCGGGACCCAAAACGCUCACAACCUCAUCAGCAUUUCUACUGACGGAAAGAUGUGUUCUUGGAGCCUAGACAUGCUGUCUCAACCACAGGACAGCCUGGAGCUGGUGUUUAAGCAGUCUAAGGCAGUAGCAGUGACCUCAAUGGCGUUUCCUCUGGGUGACGUCAAUAACUUCGUAGUCGGGAGUGAAGAUGGAUCAGUCUACACCGCCUGCCGCCACGGGAGUAAGGCAGGCAUCAGUGAGGUGUUUGAGGGGCACCAUGGUCCAGUCACUGGGCUGAGCUGUCACAGUGCUGGGGGUCCUGUGGAUUUCUCCCAGCUCUUCAUCUCUGCCUCCUUCGACUGGACCGUUAAGCUCUGGACCACCAAGAGUACCCGUCCUCUGUAUUCGUUUGAGGACAGCUGUGACUAUGUGUAUGAUGUCAUGUGGUCUCCCACUCACCCUGCCCUCUUCGCCUGUGUGGACGGAUCAGGACGGCUGGACCUGUGGAACCUCAACGACGACACAGAGGUGCCCAGUGCCAGUGUGGUUGUGGAUGGGUGUCCUGCUCUGAACCGUGUGCGGUGGUCUCACUCAGGGAGAGAGAUCGCUACAGGAGACUCAGACGGGCAGGUGCUGGUCUACGACGUAGGAGAGCAGAUCUUUGUGCCCAAGGCAGAUGAGUGGACCCAUUUCAUGCACACGCUCGUGGAGAUCAACGAGAACCGAGACGAAGGAGAUGAGCUCGCCGCGCAGCGCCUAGUCGCCUGAUCACCAUGGUAACAGGGUAACUUUGGGGACCACUACCCUCUUGCUUCCAAAUCGUCCCUCCCUUCAGUUGGAGCAGGUGUGAUGUUUAUCCCUCAGGGUUCUAGAGCGUCGACAGUGUUCCGUCCACAGCUCUUCCAACUCAAGUCUUUUUCUAAAUAUGCAAAACGUUAUACCGUUUUACUACUUUGUAGCUUGUAUUUAUUCAUUUUCCAGAUGUGUGUAUAUUGCCUAUGGGCUGACUGUGUGUUAAACUGAUGGUGAAGAACAGAAAAAUAUGACCCAUGCUAUGCCCAUUCCAACCUUCAUAGACAAGGACAGCCAUGUCCUCAGAUUUUAGCUACAAUUUUAUUUAUCUAUGCUUUUAUAUCACAUUCGGUUGCACAUACAGUGCAUUCCGAAAGUAUUCAGACCCCUUAACCUGUUACGCUACAGCCUUAUUCUAAAAUGGACUAAA